UCUUCUGUCAGGCUGCAGUGAACCAUUUCUUGCUGUAAACAGCCAAAAGGUACAAGGAAAUUCAAGUGGGGAAAAAGCUAAGAGAAAGAAAUCAUAACACAGUAGGGAGUGAGGAGUCGAGGACCAUUGCCAAGCUGUCGAUCUUGUUCUCAGGAGUACUGCAUUUCCUUUGUUUGACCAGUUUUACCUCCCACAUUCCUGUAAAGAACCCGUUCCAAUCUGUUACCAACAGCACCAGCCUUCUGAUGGUUUGCUCUGGUGUAGGAUUAAAUUGUAGACACCACCCUACCCAAGCCACUCCAAGAAAUCAGAUGCCUCUAACGGGGGACAAGCCACACGGUCUUUAAGCAACGACAGCACCAACAGACAGCCGCAAUGAAGCUUCUGGUCUCUUCCUGCCUGCUGCUGCUGCCAGUGGCCCUCAUAUCUGUGGUCUCCAGCAGCCCAAACCCACGGGUCGGCAGAAGCCAAGGGAACCAACGCCAGGUUUCUGGGAGGUGGCUCCGGGAAGGCGGCCAAGAAUGUGAAUGCAGAGCAGACUGGUUCCUGAGAGCCCCGAAGAGAAAAUCCACACCAGUGCUGGAGCCAGCAAGGAAGCCGUGUCCCUGUGAUCAUGUCAAGGGCAGUGAGAAAAAAAACAGACACCAAAAGCACCACAGGAAGCCAAACAGGCCAUCCAGAACCUGCCAGCAAUUUCUCAAACGAUGUCAACUAGCAAGUUUUGCUCUGCCCUUAUAGUUCUGAGACUCUACUCUCUCAGGUCAACACUCUGAGUGGAAAAGAGGUGAUCAACCAUAGAGCAUGUUCUUGUUCUUCCCACCCCCAUCCUCACCCAAAGCAACCCAGUACUCUCAGAAGGCACUGCCCAGCUUACUGGUUACUGAGCCCUCUACUGCCUUCUUCCCUCAUUAUUUUUUAUUUCAAUAUGGCUUAAAUAAUUUAAAAUGACAGGGCCGCCAUCCCUCUUUUUUUGUUUGGUUUUUUUCAAGACAAGGUUUCUCUGUGUGGCCCUGGCUAUCCUGGCACUUGCUCUGUAGGCCAGGCUGGCCUCGAACUCACAGAGAUCUGCCCGCCUCUGCUUCCCGAGUGCUGGGAUUAAAGGCAUGCACCACUACCCUGCUUUUUCCAUUCCUCUUUUUAUUCAGCUCCCAGACCUGUUUCCCAGAAUCUUGAUGUUGGUACUUGUAUUUCUUAAGUGAAAUAAGAUCCAUGUUCCUAUUAUAUGACUGUUUUUUCAAACCAAUGGACCACAAAGACCUUCUGAGAAACCAGAUCCAUUUGGCAGGCUUUCUGAAACUGGCCAAUCAAAAUUAUGUAAAUGCUGUAAAUGCUAACAGCAAAAUGUCCUGCAUUUGUUUACGCUUUGCUUGCUUGCAGAAAAGAACCUACAUAAGAUUCUCUCUGUUGCAGCUGAGUGCUGCUUACAUUCUCCUACCCCUAAGGAAGGGGCUGUAAGUUAGGCCCAGCCAUGAAUAUACAUUUUACCCUACGAUA